AUGUCAACGAAUGCAAACUACUCAAGACCGACAGAAAGCUAUGCAGAUCAAAGAAGAAGAAUGUUAGAAUUUACUGUGGGAGAUCAAGUAUUUUUGAAGAUAGCACCAAUGAAAGGAGUGAAGCGGUUUGGAAAGAAGGGAAAACUAAGCCCGAGAUAUAUUGAUCCAUUUACUAUUAUUGAGAGAAUCGGGAAUGUUGCCUACAAACUUGACCUUCCUUCAUCGAUAUCUCAAGUACAUAAUGUGUUUCAUAUAUCCAUGCUAAGAAAAUAUAUUGGAAAUCCUUCUCAUGUAUUGAGGAAUGAACCGAAUGAACCGAUGGAAAUAAAACCAGAUUUGACUUACGAAGAAAAGCAGAUAGAGAUCCUUCAACUAGAGAUAAAGCAACUGAGAAGUAAGAAAAUUCCAUUGGUUAAGAUAUUGUGGCGGAAUCAGUCAACAGAAGAGGCCACUUGGGAAAGAGAAGAUGAAAUGCGGAUUAAAUAUCCUGAACUUUUUGGUAAGCAAAUUUCGAAGAUGAAAUUUUUAUAA